AUGACAAUGGACAGAUCGCCGGAUUCGGUUUCCUGUUUGUCACUGUCUUCCCCUCGUCCGACUCUAGCGCCUCGUGGGUCGUCAGUGGAUACUGCUGACUCGCUGAGUUCGCCACGCUCGGUUCGAUCGGAUAGAAACGGUAAUGAAAUUAUUGCUCAUUCCAAAGACCACAGUAUCUCCUUCGCUGACGAGAUCCCUGAUGAUUAUGGGAGUCCCCAGUCGCUGGAGACGGUGAUCCCUGUUGAGUGUUAUAAAGAAUUGAAUCGCUCUCUCAGCUUCGAGCCUCGUGACACGGAAUACCCCGAGAAGCGUCAGAGCUGUAUGGGCGGUUUCAAGGAGUUCCUCCACCUCCUCUUCUCCGCGAGUGACCCCAUGGAGGAGGACUUUGCGGCUUUGCGGUCUGAGUCGUAUUAUAUGUAA